ACAUUCAACUAGUUGACGUUGACAGUUCUCCUAACCUAAAAAAUAACGCGUGGAUAAAAAUAACGAGUUUUUUAAUAUUUAUUUAAGUGAAAAUGACUCUUCAAUCGCCUGGAAUUAAAAAGAAACGUAUAUCAAAGAAAAAGAAAUCAUCGUGGCGUAAAACUGAUAUAAAAGAUGUAGAAGAAUUCCUUGAAGACCAACGAUUGGAAGAAAGGUUAGGUCAACCUUUUUCAACAUUAAAAGAUGAAGAAUUCUUCAGUAUUGAUGUUGCACCGCAAGUUGAGAACCUUACAAAACGUGAAAAGCGUAAAAUUAAAGCCGCAGCACCCCCGAAAUGUUAUCCCAUGCUUCAACCGCACACAAAAGUGCCUGAUCCGAUUUCAAAAAGAAACCGGGUAAGGACUAAAGAGGAAAGGAAAUGUCCGAUUUUGAAGAAAAAAGAACAAGAGAUGAAAUUAAAAGGGAUUUUAAAGAAGAAAGAGUUGCAAAGGAUUUCUGAUAGACAACGAAGUCAAGACAAAAAGAAAAUUGAGGAAGAGAAUGAGAAGGAGGUGAGAGAUAUUUGGGAUGAAAAUGAUGGGAAAGAUGAUGAAUGGAUUGAUAAAUUAACUAAACGGCAUACUUUAAGGGGGGUUGGUAAAUUAACUAAAGUUAUUCCUCGAAUGAAAAAUACUUUGAAUGGGGUCUUACCAAAAGUAGAAGCACCUCAUCCUGGUAUGUCUUAUAAUCCAAGUUAUGAAGAUCAUCAAGAUCUAUUAAAAGAAGUCGCUGAUAAAGAAUUAAAAUUUAUUAAAGAACAACAACAUUUAGAUCGCGUUACAAAGGAUAUCUUCAAAAAAGUAAGCGCCACGCAAAAUGAAAAAAAUUGGAUGAAAGAAAUGUCUCAAGGUUUACCAAACCCAAAUAAAUCCGAAAAUAAAUCAUCAACAAAACAACAUAAAUCACCUUAUGAAUCGGUUAAUCCACCAGUUGUUAACAAAAAGAAAACUUUAAAACAACGCCGUAAAAUUAAAGAACAAGCCGAGUUAAAAGAGAACAUUAAAAAAGCUAAAAUUGAAAAAAAAAAGAUUGCCGAUAUUUAUAAAUUAAAAUUUAUUAACUCAAAAAUUGAAAAAGAUGAGAAAUUUAAAGAAAUUAAGCAACGAAAGCGGUUGGUUACCAAAAAUUUAAAACAGAAAGAGACGAAACGUUUGGGGAAAGUUAAAUUUGACGAACCCGACUUGGAUUUUAAUUUGGGACAAGAAAUUGCGGGGAAUUUAAGGAAUAUUAAAAGUGAAGGAAGUUUGUUGAAGGAUCGGUUCCAAAGUAUGCAAAAAAGGAAUAUUCUUGAUGUUACGAAGAGGCAUAUUCACAAAAGAGGAAAGAAAAAGACUUUUGUUAAGAAUAGUUUUAAAAAUUGGGAAACUACAGUUGUUAAAUAAGUUUGAAUUAAAUUAAAUAAAGAUUUAAACU